AGGCCGGGGCCGGCUUUCUCGGGCAAAGGGAAGAGGAGGGGAGGUGAGGACUGCAGUCCUUUCCUGCGAGGAGGUGGCGUGAGGCGCUUUCCUUCGCCCCAAGGUGCUUAGGGGUUUCACAGCAGCAGGAGCUGCGUUUGUAGGAGCUGAAGGCUUUUCUGUCCCGCCGAGGCCGGGGUGCGUGGAGCGAUCACGGCUGUAAUGUCUUCCUUCCUUCCUUCCUUCCUUCCUUCCUUCCUUCCUUCCUUCCUUCCUUCCCUCCCUCCGGCAGGUAUAAUUAACACAAUCGCCAAGUUAGCCAAGACCUGCAUCCUGCGCCUUACUGUCUGCAAGCUGUAUUUCAUCCUCUCGGAUAAAGUGGCAAAUGGAGGCGCCAGUAUGUGGUGUGAGCUGAGCCAGGGGAACUUCUUCGAUGAAUUUCAGAUGGAAGGAGUAGCUGCAGAGCACAAUGAAAUCUAUUUAGAGCUGGUGCCUGAGAACCUCUCGAGAGCAUUAAAAACUGCCCAGAAUGCUAAGGCAGUGAAGAUCAAGUUGACUAAUAAACACUGUCCCUGUCUCAGUGUUGCUGUGGAGCUACCAUCCUUAUCAAGCAGCAGUAGGAUUGUGACACAUGACAUUCCUGUGGGAGUUAUUCCCAGAAGAAUGUGGAAUGACUUCAGAGAGCCCAGCGUGCCGGACUUUGAUGUCAGCAUUUACCUACCAGCGCUGAAAACAAUGAAGAGUGUUGUGGAAAGAAUGAAGAAUCUCAGCAAUUUAAUUGUGAUUGAAGCAAAUUUGAGUGGUGAAAUGAACUUGAAAAUAGAAACUGACUUAGUAUCUGUAACAACACAUUUUAAAGACCUGGGAAAUCCUCCCUGGGCAUCAGAGGAUGGAUAUCAAAGUUCUGCUCAAGACAGAGAUCUGGAAAGUAUGGCUGAAGCAUGCAUAGACAUCAAGAAGCUGCAGCAGCUGCUUGCUGGACAGCAGGUCAAUCCUACAAAAGCAUUGUGCAAUAUUGUACGUAAAAGAAUUGUCCACUUCAUCUUGCUCCAUGAGGAGGUUUCACUUCAGUAUUUUAUACCAGCAGUUGCCUGAAUGUUUUGGAACUUUGGUCAUUUUCCAACCUGAAGCCUCUUUCAUGAAGUCUGAAAUCUUUCCUAAGUUGCUGGGGUAUUUUGAUGUGAGACACUGUUAGUUGCAGCCAUCAGAUGGAUAUUGUUUCAGUAUUUAUGAAAGUAUUCAAAAUACCUCCUCAUCCAGACAGCCAUUUUUGUGAAGAGUUAUUUGCUGCGAAAGACACAAUGCUGAGGAGCAUUGGUAUAUCUUUCUCUUAGGAGGGGCAAAACUGAAAUCUACCUUAUCCACAGCUCAAAGCAUUCCAAAACCACGCUCAAUUAAAUACUUCAGUCUCCUCAAAAGACUAAAGGUAGAAUUCACCUCUGGAGCUUCUGCUGUGUGUAUUCAGUAUCGAGCUAUGCAAUCCAAGUUAAGGGAUCUUUGAGCAAGCUAUCACACCUCCAUGAAACUGGAGAGCCUUCUGGAGGGUUGCCAGAUUGGUGUUUGCCUGGACAAGUAUGUGCAGCCCUCCUGAAGUGGUAUGGAACUGAAUUCUAUUCCCUUAGAAAUCUUUUGAUUAGACUUGUUCCAACAUACCUCAGUAGUUCUGUUCGUGCUUACUCUUUGUUUACCUCUUGGCUUGAAAGGUCAAGCAAAACAGUCUGGAUUACUUUGUUAAUGUGGGCAGUGAAAAUCCCUAUGUACAGAAGGAAUAUCAUAUGAGGACAUGCACGAGCGCAGCAAUUGGUGUGAAAUAAAGAACAAGUUAUCUGUG